AGGCAGCUCUGCAGGAUGUCUGUGUGUUUGAGUGGAGACUGGUGCGUGCGUGAUGAUGAUGAUGAUGAUGCGUGUGACGCCACAAGCAGAAGCAGAUCAGCGGAGCAGCAGACAGGACCCGGGCUGAGGCAGCAGCAGCAGCAGCAGCAGCAUCUUCAUCAUCCGCCACACACUGGAGCAGCUCAGUGCCGUUUGAAGCUCGACUCUCCGCUCCUCUCUUCAGGGUUUGAGAUGCUCCGGCUCGGCGGCAGGAUGUGCGGCUUCUCGGCCCUGCUCUCGGUGCUCCUCGCUGGGCUCGCGGCGGCGUCCUCGGAUCUGUUUGACAACCAACUGGGCGACAUCAAUUACUGCAAAAAGCAAUGCGGGCUCACCAUCAAAAACAAAAGCCCCGCUAAAGACUCCAUAAUGAACGCCUGUCACCGUGGCUGUCGCCUCUACUCCAUUUGCCAGUUUGUCAAUGGCAACGCCGGCUUUAAUACCAGCAGGGAGGAGUGUCAGGGAGCCUGCCAAGAGGCAUAUAUCAAGCUACUGGAGCAGGAGGCCUGCUGCACCGGCUGUGCCAGCCAGCCUUCUGAACCUGAGAUCAAGAGGAGGAAGCUGAGGGCCAUGACUCUCCGUCCAAAGCCCCCUUCUGUGAUGGAGGCCGUGUCCAGUUGGUGCAAUGACAUUGUCAGCUCUGCUCAGAGCUUCAUCUCCUCCACCUGGACCUUCUACCUGCAGGCUGAUGACGGCAAGGUUGUGGUUUUCCAGAGCCAGCCAGAGAUGGAGUACUCUCUGCCCGAGCUGCAGGCUCCUCGAUCCAGCGUGGCCGACAAACCCUGGCCACAGGUCCACUCUCACACCCAGAGACCCCACGGUGUGAGGGGGCACGGAGAAAAGGGAGCACCCAAAGCAGCAGGCAAAGGGAAGCACGCCGCCCAGCACGCAGAGGACCCCGCGGCUGAGCACGACUUCCUCGGCUGCAUGUCAAGACGCUCGGGCCUUCCACGGUGGAUUCUGGCCGCUUGUCUCUUCCUGUCCAUCAUGGUCAUGUUGUGGCUCAGUUGUGCCAGCCUCGUCACUGCUCCGGAGCAGCACAUCAAGACACAGCUGAGCAUCAACGGAGAUAAAGAGUUCCUGGACAACGCCCACAAAGUCAACCCGUACCACCUGAGCCCUGUGAUCGCUGUCACCGUCAAGCAAUCGGAGGAGAUCCAGGAAGCGGGGCCGCUGCCGGUGAAAGUCGACCUCAACAAAACGUGCGUUUAGGAAGGGCCGGUGCCUCGUUUCCCCGGGCAACCACGUCCAAACUCUGACGCCCGUCCGCGAAAAAGGGUGGAAACAAACACAUCACGCCACUUACUCAGACAGCAAACUUUUUGAAAAUGUAUUCUCAAGAGCAUGGCACCCUCCUCUCAUUUAAAGUUACCUUAGUGAGGCGUCUAGCUUGUGUCACUCUGAUGGGUUUUUCUGUUAGCCACACCAUCAUCCUGCAUUUCAUUCCCUUGUACAGUCCAGAUUUCUCGGAGCCCGUCAUCAGAGUAUCCGUGAUGAUGGGCUUGCUCAUUGCGCAUUGGUGAGGCAGCGCUCUCGUCUCAGAGCCACACACGAGACAAGGAUGGAUUACAGCUGAGGGCUUCGUAUCAUUUUUCAUGUCUAGUGCGAAGAGUUGAAGACAAACACUGAGAUUCAUCUUGGAUUUAAUUUUCCUUGUUCUCACAGAGAGUUUGGAUUAAUUAAAAGCUUGCACAGAGCAGAGGGAUAAAAAAAAGAGAGAGAGAGAGAGGAAUGGAAGAUGAAUGAGAGGUGAGCCUAGUGGAGGAAACAGAUGCGGUAGAUCACAGUUCAUGAUCUGUUUACACAGUUAUGAGCUGUUGGUAAUAUUGUCCGUCCUCAGAAAUGUUCCUCUUGACGAUAUAAAGGUGAGCAACGCCCGUUUCCCUGAGUGUGUGUGUGUUUGCGCGGUGCACAUCCAUCUGUCGAGAGCAAGCUCCGAACUGAAUUCUUUGUCUGAGAAUGAGCAAAAAUAAAACCUGUAUUUAUUUCCUUCUCUAUUUAUUCAGAACCAUCUGCUAAACAGUGUUACUGAAGUGCCAUGUACAGUUAAUUCAUCACACCGACCUAACUGCUCUGUAUGUAAAAUACAGGGCGGAUUUGAAAGAGAUAUAGAAGAAGGAUUGCACCUAUUGCUCUGUUAUUAUUACCUUUAUUAUUAUUAUAUUAUCGCUCUUAUAUCACUUGAAGAGUUCCUAGCUGUUAUAUGUGCCAUGUGCUUUCUAAUAGCUGACUAUUUUGUAUGUCCUAGGAGCACAUACUGAAGGAUAACCUCUGUAACAAUGUGUAACGCAAAGCUUUUGACAUAGAUCUUUGUUAUUGAACAGAGUUGCACAGUCUUAGAUUUUUGGUUUUUCCUCUCAGUGCUUUGGUGUCCUGUAACGCUAUCUUUUAACCCCGGCUAUGUAGACAAUAAAGCGUGCAUGCAAGUGAUUCUUGGGUAGUUUAUCUUAACCGCUCGACAUGCCAGUGCGGCACAACUCUGCUGUAGACUUGUGAUUUCUUUGUGUUCAUAUUUACUGUAAACACUGAAUAGAACGUGUAACGACGACGACAUCCUCACGAGGGACUUUUGAUUGAAAAGGCACCCAAUCGAUAUCUGUACUGGUUCAAACUGAAGGUACUGAAGGAAAUAUGAUAUGAAUUUCAAACUGUAUGAGUUUCCUUUUUACCGGUCUGUUUAUUUUCAAUGAACUGAAACUGACAACAUGAUGAAAUAAAGUGUUUUCAUUGUAAAUAAUA